UGUCAGCAGCCAACUGAAAUGGUUAAAAUGCAGCUAAAAGCAUCAGCAGUAUUGACUUUGCUUGGACUGCUAGUGCCAACAGCUUGCGUUGCAGCAUCCUAUUUGCAGGAGUCACCUGAUUUUCUUAAGCCCUGUCGUUUGCAACAACAACAAAAACAAAACAAUGUUUGCUUAAGUGAAACAAUACAGCAGAUAUUUCAAAACUGGCGCAAUGGUGUGCCUGGUCUGAGCAGUGUGGGCGCAUUGGAUCCUUUUCGGGUGGGUCGCUUACGCAUUGCACAGCGAGUGCCACCAAAUCUGGAUGUGCGCGUUGAGCUGCGUAACAUGACCACACAUGGCAUGAGUAAUGCGAAAAUUCUGAACAGCACUACAUUGCAGCAGACUGGCAGCUACUCGCUUGGCUUUCAUGUGCAAAUGCCGCACGUUAAUAUAAGCAGCAGCUACAAACUAAAGGGUCACGUGCUGCUGCUUAAUCUGAACAGCGCUGGCAAGCUCAACGCCGAAUUGGACAACUUGGAGCUCUAUGUGGCGUUUAGGCUGCGCAUAGUGGAGCGCGAAAACCUGAAAUUUCUGCAGCUAACUGCGGUUAAGACCAAUGUAGCGCAUAUAGCCAAAAUACGCGUGCACUUUACCAAUCUCUUUGGCGGCAAUAAGCAGCUGGAGCGCAGUGCCAACGAGCUCUUCAAUGAGAACUGGCGCGUGCUGUUCGAUGUGCUGCGUCCUGUGCUGACAGAAACGUUUGAUGUGAUACUGCAGGAUCGUUUCGAUAAGAUCUUUAGCUAUUUGCCAGCCAAAUAUUUGUUUGAAGAGUUUGUCUAACAGCUAAGCUAGUUUUUGAGCAACAGCUUUGCAUAUUAAGUAUACGCCACAUAUACAUAUGAAUCACUUGUUUUUUGUAUGCUAAUUAAGUGCUAACAAUUAUGUAGUUUUAAAAAAAUAAAUUUUAAA